AAGAAAAAGGCAUGACAAACAAUUGUAGUAAAGGGGUUUUUAGUUUAGAAUGCUUUUGUUAAAUGCUACAUGUGCCAGUGCUAUUAUAGCUUAUGUUUAAAUUUCAAUUAGUUUUAAUGUCAGAAAAAUGUAAAAUUUAUAAGAUUACGUUAUAAAGUAAAAGAUGUUUUCUUUUUUUUUCUUCAAAAAAAAACCAUUGUUGAUUGUUUUUAAUAUAUUUCCAUUAAUUUGACCAAUAUAUGAACAUAAUUCAAACAAAACGGCCUUGUGAUGUUAUAAAAAGAGAAAAUAAACUGUGUUCAAAUAUGAACAACAAAAUAUUUUUUUUCAAGUUAGUAGAAGAAAAGGUUUGAAAAUUUUAAUAUGAUUGUAAAAAAGAGUUACACACAAAAACAUUUUUCCUUACUACAAGCUUGUAUCUGGACAUCUGCAUCACAAAUAUUGCUAGGAUUCAUCAUGUGGGGUAUUAUAAAAAAACAGCGACCCUUGGUUAACAUAGCUCACAUAGAAAUAUUGAUUUCUUUUCUGAUAAGCGCCUUGUUUGGGGUUUACGGAAUGUACAAACGAAAUCAUUGGUUAAUAUGGAUUUAUAAGCUACAAGUAGGAGUUUGCAUAGCUGUCACGCUACUAAUUCUAAUGGAUUUGAUUGAUGUUUUGCCUUUAUUUCCAGUGGAAUUGGACUCAUUGACAAAGGUGCAGUUUGAAAAAUUUAGUUAUCUGCCACGUUUUGGGAUGAAAACUAACGAGAAAAAAAUUGACGACAACGUUGAUGUUUUACGAUCAUUUCCAAAUCAUUUAGAUAAAAAUGAAGAAAUCAAUGUUUUUUCCAGCUCUCCCCAGUUAUCCUUUCUUCAAAAAAUAUCCAAUAAUUCCAUGUCUAUUAUUACAAAGCCAUUAGAGAACAAAAAAAGGCUUGGUAUUGAGCAUGAAAUUUCACCACAUCAUACAAUUCAGAGAGAAGAUAUAUCUGAUGAAGAAUUAUCGAAAUUGGAAUGGGCAGAUAUGAGAAGACCCUCUCACGGUUUAGAGAGAGAAGGUGAAGCAGAUGAAGUCUCAAAGGCAGAACUUCCUCCUGAGGUGUAUGGCUUACCUAGAGAAUUGCAACAAGAAGUUUCUGCUACAACUAAAGUCAUUAAGCAUGUUAUAAAAUUUGCGUUUUCUGGAGCUUUCGCGCUAAUUUGCGUUUUCCAAAUUUAUUGCAGCUACAUUGUAUUUACAUUUAUUUUAAAUAAGUGUACGUCGGUUGACGAACUUAUCCAUCAUCCGGAGCAAUUCGAACCUAUCGUUCAUAUAGACAGCUUUAGUACACGAUUUAGUGAUAAUAUUCCAGAAUCAUGACACUCAAAAGAUAUUUUUUUUAAGAAGUUGGUUGAGCCUUGAAAGAAUUUUCAACAAAUUAACAGUAACGCAUUAUUUUGAAAAUUGUUUUAAUAAAAAUAAAAUUGAAUUUAAUGCUGACUUUCAUUUACUAAGCUUGUCAAAAUGUCAAUCGCUCACUUACCAUGCAACUGUAAUAAGUUAAAUACAUUGAUUAA